AUGGCCAACAUCCAGUCGGCCACGGCCAAGAGCAUCCGCCCCUUCAGGUCGAGCGAGGAGUACCUGGUGGCGAUGAAGGAGGACCUGGCCGAGUGGUUGAAUGAGCUGUACGGGCUGGGCACCGGGCUGGGCCGCUUGAUGCGGGACCUGGAGACCGGCUGCCUGCUGUGCCAGCACGCCAACAACGUGAGCCGGGUGGCCCGGGACUUCUGCCGCGAUUACCCCGAGCUCCGGGACAAAAUCAAACUACCGCAGGCCGGCGUCACCUACACGGCGGCCGCUCAGCCCGGCACCUUCCUAGCCCGGGACAACGUCUCCAACUUCAUCCAGUGGUGCCGCAAGGAGCUGCAGAUCCAAGACGUGCUCAUGUUUGAGACGGAGGACUUGGUUCUGAGGAAGAAUGAGAAGAACUUUGUGCUGUGUCUGCUGGAGGUGGCCAGGAGAGCUUCCAAGUUUGGCAUGUUGGCUCCCGUCCUCAUUCAGAUGGAGGAGGAGAUUGAGGAAGAGAUCCGUGAGGAGCUGGAUCUGCCUCCGGAGGUCAUCCCUCCCAAACCCAAACCACAGAGGCAGUUGUGUGACUUCAAGAACUUGGAUGAAAUGGUUCGCCAUCUUGUGAGUCACUGCACCUGUCCAGAUCAAUUCCCCAUGGUCAAAGUCUCUGAAGGGAAGUAUAAAGUGGGAGACUCCAACACCUUGAUUUUUGUGAGGAUUUUACGGAACCAUGUAAUGGUGCGUGUGGGUGGGGGAUGGGACACCUUGGAGCAUUACCUCGACAAGCAUGACCCAUGCCGCUGUACAUCGCUCACCCACAAACAAGUGUCCAGAUUCAGCAGCCCGCACAGAACCACCAUGCCCGUGCAUGAGAUCAAGGCUCGCUUGCCACCAAGGACAGACCAGCCAAACAAGCCACAGACGGCACUCAUUCUGUCAAGGUCCCAAAGUCCCAUGCCUCCAGUGGAGUGGAGACUAGCCACGCCCUCUGCUCUUUCCCUGAGGAAUCACGGUGCUGCUCUUCGGCCCCCAUCACCAGAUAUUCCCGCCACCUCUGGAGGUAACUCAGUCAAGAAGAAUCCCCAGGACAAGUCAGAGCCACGGCAGAGAGAUUGGUCGUCUACUCCUUCUUACCAGAUGUCAACCAGCGUCGACAGCGGUAAAGCCAAUUCCAACUUCACCGCUGCAUCAAGGACGGGGAGGGAGAAGACCAGGGCUUUUCUAGUGCCUUCGAAGCUCUAUUCUGCAGCUCAGGAGAGCAAAAGGAGUGUCGUACCUGCAACGGACAGCAAGAAAGUGCCAAGUCAACCUGUUAUUCCUCAACAGUCAGACAACAGGAUGAGCCGUACUUGGACCAACACCCACAGUGUUGAUUCCAAAACUGACCAAAGCAGCUCAAAUGUGAACAAGCAAAGCAGCAGGACUUUGACGCAGGCUCACAAACCCGCAUCAGAAACGAGUUCCGUGCUCUCCAAAGGAUCGGCGAGAAGUCACUCACCUACACCUGGCCCACAGUGUAAGCUGUCAGUAGCUCAAAGUGCUGAGAAGAAAAGUGAGAGGGGUGAAGCGGCUCUUCAACCGCUCGCCCUAUCUGCUGUUGGGCAGGACGGUUGCUGGCACGAUCCCAAAUCCAGCAGGAAGCCAUCAACUGAUAGAUCAAAGAAACCAAAUCUGCACAAAAGUCCUAUUCGAUCGAGAACUCCUGAUCCUUAUAGCUUAAAUAACAACAACAACAACAGAGGUGUGAACAGUGGCAGGAUCAAAACGUGCCUAUUCACACCGCCACCGAUUCACCCGAUCCAGGAAUCAGAACUGUACCGAAGCUUCGAAGAUGAAAUUGUGUCCAAUAUGAAAGCUCUGGAGAUGUGUUUAGUUGGGGACAAUCUAGAGGACGGUGAGCCCAAUGAAUGUUCUUCACCAACGAAAGUGGACAGUCCCCCAAAUCAGAAGGAAGCUAAAAGACUCGAUGUGUGUUCUUCAAAGUAUUCGAUUUCCCCUUUCCAAGCUGCAGGCAGCCAUGUCAAUGACAGCAAUCAACCCUCCAUUUGUGGCCAUGAGGCGUCACCUCCCUCGGCAAAGCCUACUCGGAAUGGUGGUGGUUUUGGUGAUGUCCUUGCCGAGCUUGUGAGCGGGACACCAAGCCUCAAUCAUGUGGAUAUCGAGAACUGGAUAGCAGAGAGCUCCCUAGAAAUUGUGCCACCUGAUUCCAGCACUAAACUACAGCCAAAGGGUGUGAAUGACUUGGAAACUAGCAAGCCGUUCUCUGACAGAGCUGAAGAUCAAAGUGCAAAUGAGGUCGGUUCAACAUGUGACCAAAAGAGCAAUGCUUUAAAGGGUGCUGUGAGGAGAGAGGUGACAGUGUCUCAAAAUGAAAUGACUGCCCUUGAGCUGAAUUCCAUGUCCACCAAUGAAGGAUCUGACACCAACUCAUCCUUUGAUUGGCCAGUCCCACCCUGCACUCUUCAGAAGACCAGGGUUCAACAGGGAAGACAAAAGAGGUCCUUAAGAAAGCCAGAGAGAGUUCCUUCUAUCUACAAGCUGAAGCUUCGGCCCAAAAUACGUCCCAGGAGGGAUAACAGACCAGAGAAGAAGCCAUCCAGAAUCCCAACACCAUUAUCCUACAGACAGGAAGAUAAAACAGUGAAAAGCACCACAAAAUCUGGAAGUCCACAUAAAUCUCUCAAAGCUAACAACAGAGUUGUGGGAUCUAAUGCUCAGGGCAAACAGAAAUCAUCUUUGUAUUUGACACAGCCAGAAGGUCUUGGCUCAGGAGAGGACUGUUGGCCUUCUCAGCAUAUGAACUCAAGGCAGGGCAGAACUUCAGAGAAACAGUCCAUUACAGGGGACAUUGGGCAAGGAAGUGAAGCUAAAGAGUCUUGGGUUUAA